AUGAAGUUCGUCACUGUCACCCUGGGCCUCUUCGCUGCCCUGACGACCGCCUACUCUCACCCUCGCCACCCUCACUUCGUGUACAAGCGCCAGAACUCCACCAGCUCUGUCACAGCACAGUCCGCUGCCGCCUCUGAGGGGGCCGGCCUCACCACCCUGACCGUGGUGACCACCUCAGUCCACACUGUCAUCUCGUGCGCUGCUACCGUCACCGACUGCCCGGCCAACAGUGCCGACCUGUCCACCCUUCCCGCCUCUGCUCUGUCGACCGUGGUCGUCACCGAUGUCAUUGAUCUGACCACCACUGUCUGCCCCGUCACCGAGGCUUCUUCCAUCUCCACCUCCGUGCUGUCUGCCCACGAGUCCGGCGCUCUCCCGGGCGUCACUCGUUCUGCUGCCGAGAGCGCCACCGUCACUGCCGCCCCCGACACCACCUCAGCAGCCGAGGCCGUCUCAAGUGAGUCCGAGUGCCCGCCUGAGGUCACUGAGGUUGUCGUGUCUGAGAGCAUCGAGACCCUCACUACUGCCAAUGCUGUCACGAUGACCCUCGGCGGCGGAAACGGCGACCGUGUUGUCACCACCACCAUCACCAAGAAGGUCAAGUCCACUCACUACGUGACCAAGACGAACAUCCACACCAGCACUGCCGCUGCUGCUCAGGUGACCAGCGGAAACUCGGCUGUUGGCGACAACUCUGGCUCAGGCUCAGGCUCUGGAUCCGGCUCCGAGGACACCACUCUGGACGCCACCACCACGACUACCAUGUACACGACUGGCACUCGUACUGUCACUGUUAAGAAGGGCAGCAGCACUGAGACCGCCCAGGCCCAAGCUGGCUCCGGCUCCGACUCUGGCUCAUCCGGCAGCUCUGACGUCGACACCGGCGCCUGCUCCUGCCCGGCUGCUGAUGCCCCCGUCACCGUCACUCUCCCGGCUCAGACUCUCUAUGUGACCAUGACCGUCACCGCCGGCUCUGCCGCCGAGACCAUCGCCAACAACAACGCCGCCAAGCCCGACACCACCACCGCCGAGGAGGCUGCCGCCGCCACGACCACCGAGGCCGCCGCCCUGGAGACGGAGAGCGAGUGCCCGCCGGACGUGAUCGUCACCGAGACCGUCACCCCGAGCUUCGCCCUGUCCAACUCCACCGCCUCGGCCACGGGCACGGGCACCGGGGCCGCGGCCGCGACCAACGGCCUCAAGUUCCGCCGGAGCAAGAUGCUGUACCACUAA